AGUUUGUAUUAAUAUUAUUAUUGCUGUAGUGUGUGUGUGUGUGUGUGUGUGUGAAGAUGGUGGAGGGUCCGGGCUGCACACUAAACGGAGAGAGACUCCACUCCCGAGUGACGAAGGGACAGAAAGUACUACAGAUCUCAGGACACCUGCCCCGUGGUGGCGGUGCUCAGGGGGAUGUGUUCCAGUGUUUCAGAGGCUGUGAGUACACCGGAGUACAGACCCUGGGGAAGGAGCUCUUCAUGUACUUCGGAGUCCGAGCGCUCAGGCUGCACUUCGGGAUGGACGGUUCGAUGCGUAUAAACACAGCGGAGAGAAAAGACAGUAGAGGACAUCCUCCGAGUCUCGUCGUCUCCCUCAGUGAGGACACGCUGAGCUUCUACAGCACUACUGCUGAGAUCAGACUCUCAGAGGACUGCAUGGAGAAGGUGCGUCUCAUGGCGUGUCUGGACGUCUGCUCUCCCAGUUUCAGUGUGUGUGCUGCGGUGGAGGCGGUGUGUAGAGAGCGCGGCCGCAGUGUGUGUGACGUUCUGCUGGAUCAGGCGGUUCUACCCGGAGUCGGGAACAUCAUCAAGAACGAAGCGCUCGUCCUCAGUGCACUGAAUCCUGCAGUCAAGGUGAAUCAACUGAAUCCUGAACUCGUCCAGCAUCUGGUGAAAAUGACACGAGACUUUUCGAUGCUCUUUUAUCAGUGUCGUAAAAGAGGCUUGGCGCUCAGUAAGCACUAUAAGGUGUAUAAGCGCUCCAGCUGUGGUCAGUGCGGAGGCGCGGUCACCGUGUGUCGCCUGGGGAACGAUAACAGGAUGACGUACUUCUGCUCGCGCUGCCAGACUGAAGAUCCGACUGAAAUUGACAUCAGUAAACUCCCCGGCCUGAACACGUCACCGAGACGCGUGAGACAGAAACCCACGCAGGACAUCGACCGGUCCGCCACGAAAGAGGAAGAAGAGUGGUCAUGUGACUUGUGCACGCUAAUUAACCAACCAAUCAGCAGGUUCUGUGAGGCGUGCAUGAGUCCCCGCCCCCUGAGUCGUACAGAAGUGCUGAAGGAUCCUCCCUUCUUUAGUGCACUCAUCCGCUUCCCUCACAACACCUUCUCCAAACCACAGCAGGAGGUAAAGCUCCACCGCAGAGCCGCAUUUGGGAACACCAUCCUCGUCCUGUCCGACGUCGGCUCCGGACCCACUACACCCCCAAGCCACAGCGCCACCUGCAGGAGCAGCGUAGGAAGUGACUCCAGCACUGCUGGGAUCGGGACACGACCCACGGGAGCUCAUGUCACCAAACGAGCCUCACCUGGAUUUCCCAGCAUUCCCAGUAAGAGAAGUAAGACUGAGACAGGAGGAGAGGUGAAGGACGAAAACCAGCACAGUUCAGGCAGUGGCACUACAUCACUACCCACAAUCCCUUGCUGCACCGCACACUGCCGUCCCGGCGUCCUCAGGGUGGUGACGAAAGAGGGCGAGAAUAAAGGCAGGCACUUCUACACCUGCGCACUUCCCCGAGGAUCCCAGUGUAACUUCUUUCAGUGGGCUGACCUGCACUUCCCAACGUGUCUUCACGGGAGACGCACCCUGAUGAGAACCGUCCUGAAACUGGGUCCAAAUAACGGGAGACACUUUUACGUGUGUCCACUGAAGCAGGGGAAGCAGUGCGAGUUCUUUCAGUGGGCGGAGACAACCCCUUAAACCAAUCAGUCGUCACUCACUCUCAAACACACACACACACACAGCUCCACCCGACACAGUGCAUUACCUCAUCAUAAACAUUUCACUCAAAUAUACAAACGUACGCUUCAAAAAGACCAUAAAAAACAUCACCUUUCUUUAAUGCAGCUGCUUUCUUUGGUUCCAAUCAGUAACAGAUACAUACUGUAGUCUCUAUUAAUUAAUAUUUACUUUUUUU